AAUAUUUAAAUGUCACAACUAACUGAAGAACAAAAAAUUCUUAUUGAAGAAAAAAAACAGAUAGCAUUGCAAAAGUUAUUAACUAAUAAACAAUUAAAGAAAGAUAGUAAUCCAAAAUUAUUAAAUCAAUCAUCCAUUCUUCAAUAUUCUCCAAUUUCUCCUAAGGUGCAGCAAAACUAUUUUCAUGCUGAUCGAAAUAUAAUUGAAGAAUAUAAAAGGAGUGGUGAACAAAAUUUUUCUCAACUGAAAUCAUUUCAAACACCUUCAAUAAAUAGUUUUAGUCCAAACUUAAAAAAUAAAACCUUUAUUCCAUUGACAUCUCAGACUGCUAGUACAGUUAGUUCUAUUUUUAGCAAGAAUUCCAUAGAGACACAAGGGUUAUUAUUAUCUUCUCCUAAUAACAUUUCAAGCUUUAAAGGUCCUAAAAUAAAUGGGAAGAAAGACACAGUUGCUAAAAAUAUUUCUUUGAAAGAUUUUUCAAAUCAGUCUGUUAUAAAAAGUUGUGAAUUAAAUAGACUUCAAAGUACUCAAAGCCAUACACAAAAGUUGAUUGUUUCUGAAGGUUUUGAUGACAAUAUCAUUUAUCCUGCAAAGUCUGAUAAAAUAUCUGUGGAAUUAUCUUUUGUUGUCAAAUCUCCUAUUUGGUUUCGAUGCCAAUGUUCUGAUAAAAAACACAAUAAUGGGAUUAUUCGGCAAAUAGCAAAAAGUAUUUCAAGCAGCACAUAUGAACCAUCAUCUGGAUCGUGGUUGUUUCAUAUUAAAGAUCAUCAGACCGUGAAGAGUUUAUUUGAAAAAUCUUUAAAUGUAACUUUGAAUGAUAUUCCAUCGAAUGUUGUGAAAUUGCUUCAGAAAGCACAUAAUAACAGCAAAAUAAACAAAAAUACUGAUAUAUGCAAAAUUGAUUCAGAUUUACUUGAAAAAUUAUUGCCAUUCCAAAGAGAAGGAGUAGUGUUUGGAAUUGAACACAAUGGACGCGUUUUGAUAGCUGAUGAUAUGGGCUUGGGAAAGACUGUACAAGCUAUAGCUAUAUGUUCAUACUACAGAGAUAAAUGGCCUGUGCUAAUUAUUUGUCCUUCUUCAGUAAAAAUGUCAUGGAAACAGCAUUUUAGUGAUUGGCUUCCUUCAUUAACAGAAGAAGAGAUUAACAUUGUUAGCACAGGAAAAGAAAAUCCUUGCAAAGGUCAAGUUAACAUCAUUAGUUAUGAUCUAGCUUCAAAGUUAUCUAAAGCUCUUCUCUCACAAAAGUUUGAUAUCAUUGUUAUGGAUGAAUCUCACUUUCUUAAAAGUCAUAAUGCAUCACGUACCAAAAAUAUUUUCCCUUUGCUGCAGGCUUCGAAGCAUGUUAUUUUGUUAUCUGGUACUCCUGCUCUAUCUCGUCCUAAAGAAUUGUUUACACAGAUAUCUGCACUUGAUCAAAAACUUUUUGGUAGUUUUCACAGUUUCAGAUUACGAUAUUGUAAUGCAAAAGAAACAAAGUAUGGUUGGGAUGAUAAUGGCUGCUCCAACUCUGAAGAACUAAGUGCAGUUUUGAGCAGUACAAUCAUGAUUAGGCGGAUGAAGUCAGAAGUCUUAAAUCAGCUUCCUGAAAAACAGCGACAAAUUAUUAUUUUGGAUCCUUCUUUUGUUGAAUGCUCAAAAAAGUUGCAAAAUUCUUGUCAAUAUUUUGUCACUUCCCAAAAGAAAGAUAAGCGUACAGCUUUACUUGCAUAUUACGAAGAUACUUCUUCUGCUAAAUUAAAUGGAGUUUGUGAAUUCAUAUCAGAUAAACUUUUGAUUGGUCAAAAGAUUAUUGUGUUCGCCCAUCACAUAAAGAUGUUGGAUGGAAUUGAAGAAGUUGUUCGAAAAAAGAAUAUUUGUUCAAUUCGAAUUGAUGGAUCUACAAACUCAAAGCAACGUCAAAUUUUAGUAGAUGAUUUUACUAACAAUAAAGAAUGUUUAAUUGCAAUAUUAUCGUUGACAGCAGCUGGAACAGGUUUAAACAUCAGUGUAUCAAGCUGUGUUAUUUUUGCUGAACUGUACUGGAACCCUGGACAACUUAUUCAAGCUGAGGACCGUGCCUAUCGUAUAGGUCAGAAAAAUGCUGUUUCUGUUAUAUAUCUUGUUGCAAAAAACACCGCUGAUGAUUAUAUAUGGCCGAUUGUUCAAGAAAAGCUUCAUAUUCUUACUAAUCUUGGUGUUGGAUCAAGAGCUGGUUUACAUGGACAAACAUCUUCUUUUAAGGAUAGUCGGCAGCGCCAGAUUGAAGAUUUUUUUAACGAAAUGUUACAAGACUGCGAUGAUAUAUUUCUUGAGAACGAUUGUAUAUCAAGUAAAGAUGGUGAAGAGUCUUGUUCGAAAAGAAUGAAGAUGUCGUAAAUGAGCCAACUUGAUUUUUGCUGCUCCUGGUUUCUCAUUUUUGUUUAAAAAUAUUUUUUAUUUUCCUUCUCAAAGCUUUGUUGAUGGUAUUUAUGAAAUUUU